AAUUUAAAAAUCUAUCUAUUUGAUUUCAUUAAUAGUGAUGAAUUUUGUCCUUUCGAUCAGCACUACGGUCAAUUUGAAAGAGAAUGAAUCUGCAAAAUCAAAGUCAACUACCGUUGAUACCAAAGAACUUAACAAGUUUUCGAAUCUUUGUCAGAAUUGGUGGAAUCCUAAUGGCGAAAUGGGACCUCUCCACACUAUGAAUCCAUUAAGAAUACAAUUUAUCAAGGAUGGCCUUAAAAAUGUGGGCUUUGUUGAAAAUAGUCCAAACUAUCCUUUUAAGGGUUUGAUGCUCUUAGAUGUUGGUUGCGGCGGAGGUAUUUUAUCCGAACCUCUGGCUAGGAUCGGAGCUAAUGUUACGGGUCUCGAUGCUUCGAAGGAGCUUGUUGCUAUUGCAAACGAACAUAAAAAAUUGGACGAGAGUAUAUCGUCAAAUUUAUCUUAUGUAAAUAAAUCCGUGGAAGAAUUUUCGGAAGAAACUACGGAAAAGUACGAUGUAGUUGUAGCAUCAGAAAUUCUUGAACACGUGAUCGACCAAAGUUUAUUUCUGAAAAGUUGCGUGAAGCUUUUAAAACCUAAAGGCUCUAUAUUUAUUACAACAAUUAACAAAAAUUUAAUUUCUUAUCUCGCUGGGAUAAUUGGAGCCGAAUAUAUUUUACAAGUUUUGCCAAUCGGAACUCAUGAUUGGAAUAAAUUUAUAUCUCCCGAAGAUACUAGACGAUUAUUGAAUGAAUGCAAUUGUAAUACAAGAUUAAUUCAUGGACUCCUUUAUAAUCCUAUGACAUAUCAGUGGUCAUGGACGCCGUUAAAGUCAAUAAAUUAUGCUCUUCAUGCGGUUAAAAAUGAAUGUCUUUAAAAAAAAAGGAGAUUAGUGAAAAUGCGAGUAAAUCGUCACCUCGUUAAUAUUAUAAAAUUUUAUGACAAUUAAAUAUAAGUAGACAG